GUGCAACUUUUUUCUAUAUAAAAAAAAAAAUUUUGUAAACCAAAAUCUGAAUUAUAUUUCAAUAAAUAAAAUUUUAAAGAUAUGGAAAAGAAACAUCUUUCUUCCAUUGCCAACAAUGUUCUUCAUACAUGUGCUAUGAGGUUGGGCAGCUCUGUGGAUGAAUUAGUCCAUGAAUUUGAGGCUGGAUGGGAGCCUAAAAUGGAGGGUUAUUCGAGGAAGUUGGUGGAAUUUUGCUGCUCGAAGGGCCUCACUGACGUAUGCAGUAAGUUGGAGGAGACGUUAGUUGAUGGUUCAUUUAGCCGGAUUACAUUUGAUAUGAUGCUAGCAUGGGAAAUGCCAAGUUCAGCUGAUGAAGAGAGACAUUCAGAAUGCGUGGCAAAAGAAAAAGAAGAUAGGAAAGCAACAUGUAAAAUGCCUCGAGAACAAGAUGAUAUUCUGUUGUUCUACUCGGAUGUCAUGCCGCUCCUUGUUGACAAUGAACCAAGUGUUGGAGAGGAUGCAUUCUUGUGGCUGGGGACUCUUGUACAUUUAGUAGCUGACAUUGUUAAUGGACGAUUUUCUUUCGAGAUGCUGACAGCAUCUACAGAAAAUCGACUUCAUUAUCCUGCGUAUGACAUGUUCUUGAAAGAGAUCGAAAAAUGUGUGAAGCAUUUGCAAACACAAGCGACCCCGACAGGCAUGGAAAUGGCGGACGAUGAGUUUAUACUACAUGUGGAAGGAACUGCAAGCUCGCAGAGAGUAGUGCGCCACAUCGGAGGCACAAGUUGGCCUGGUAGGCUGACAUUAACAAACUAUGCCCUCUACUUCGAGGCAUCUGGUGUUAUUUCUUAUAAAGAGGCUAUUAAGCUCGAUCUAUCGAAAGAUAGUGAACAGAGUGUCAAGACAGCUGCCACAGGUCCAUGGGGUGCUCCUCUCUACGACAAAGCCAUAAUUUACGAAUCAUCUGAAUUGCAAGGGGUCGUCUUUGAAUUUCCAGAAAUGACGAGCUCGACAAGACGCGACCACUGGCUUUCUCUUGUGAAGGAAAUUAUGCUAUUGCAUAGGUUUCUACGGAAGUUCAAAGUAGAUUCACCACUGGAGUCGUGGGAAAUGCACGCGAGGACAAUACUUGGGAUCAUUCGGCUACAUGCAGCCAGAGAAAUGCUUAGGAUAUCACCUCCGGUUCCUAAGAACUUCCUAAUUUUUGACUUGCUCGAUGAGCUGCCGAAGGGAGAUUACGUGCUUAAAGAGCUUGCUGAGAGUUUGAACAAAGUUGAUACUAAACACCCGUGUAGUGCUAGCUCGAUUUUGAGGAGUCUUAAUGUCUCACAACUGUUUAUUCCAAGUGUAGAGUUGAAAGAAAUCAAAAAAGAAAUCAACGACAACACCGUUACUUCGCCAGUACAAGUCGACAAUGUUUCAUCAUUAGAAAGUGCUAUUGAUCAGUCGAGGGAGGAAGCUAAAGAAAUUCAAAUAGCUAAAGCUACGGUUGAGGAACUGAAAGACGAAGGAAUUGGCAGUAACGUCCAGGUUCUUAUGGGUCUGCUUAAACCACUAAAAAAGUUAGUCCCAUAUGUUCAAGAGGCGUUCACGUGGGAAAGGCCUUUGUCCAGUACCAUUCUUGUGGUGACGACGAUGGCUGUUAUUUAUAAUGAGUGGGUCGGCAAGGCAAUAGCCGCGCUCUUAUUGGGAAUUGUCGCUACAAUGAUAUGGGCUAGACACAGAAGGAUACCGGAUAAGGUCCACAGGAUAGUCGUCUACACUGGAUCCGAUCAGACAACGAUGGAAAGCAUAGUAUCGGCGCAACAAGGGCUGAGAAGCGUCUAUCACCUGAUCCAAACGAUGAAUGUAAUUAUACUGAAAAUUUGGUCAGUAUUGGUUUCGAAAGCUCCAAAGCAUGCAGAUAUGGUAAUGGUAGCAUUGGUCGUCGCCGCGGUGAUUUUAUCAGUGGUUCCUUUUAAGUUUAUUCUUAUGGCGUUGGCUUCGUAUGGGUUCGUAGCAGCAUCAAAGAUAGGGAAAAGCAAGCAAAAUGAGAAAGGAAAUAGGAGAUUACAUGAAUGGUGGGACUCUAUUCCAGUUGUUCCUGUAGAUAUUGUGGACGAAAUCGACCCCAAUACGUAAUCUUUUUCUUUGAUGUUCGAGAAACAGGGUACUUGAAGAUGCUUCAUUGAUAUAUCGAGGAAUAAUUUACUUGUAUGUGAUAUAUGAAUAUAGCAAGCAAAAUAGUGUAUCUCAUUUAUACAUGUGUUAUACUUUCGUCAUGUUGUAACGCACGUAUGUUUGUAUUACAUAGCUUUUUUUUUUC